CUUCAUCAAACAACGUUGUACUACAAACAACACACCGACACUACUCUCCCUAAGAGUUGUCGCAUCCUCUCUAACAAUGGCCAGCAUCUCUGAGGAGCUCGCUCGCUUUGCCAUAGCCGAGUACAACAAGAAAGCGAACGCGAACUUGGUGUUUGAUAAGGUGAUAUACAACAUCACGAUCGUGGCGUCGGAGGGCGGGCAUAAGAAGGUGUACGAGGCAAAGGUGUCGGUGAAUGAAUCGAAGAACAUCAAAGAGCUUCAAGAAUUCAAGGUUGUUGGCAAUGAGACCUCCAAGGCUGCUGGUGGCAUCUCAAGUGUUAGUGUUUGAUUGAGUAAAAAAAUAAAUAAAAAUGCAUGAGCUAAGUACUAUAAUAAGAUUGUGUGGAGAAUAAAGCCUGUGAAAUUAAUAUGGUGGAGCACCUAUGCCUAUGUUUCAUGUUUGUGUGUGUGCAUCACAUGUGAUAUUCACAUGUUGCAUUAUCAAUGAAACCUAGUUAUGCAAUACUUAGUC